AUGGAUCGGCGUGCAUCACGCGAACGGGGUCGUAUGGGAAGCAGUCUCACCGCGCGCGCGACGCCCCCCGCGGCUUCGUUCCCGCGCCUCUUCCGCAGCUCCCACCCGUCGAGCGCGAGCACGGGCGGGGACCCGAACGUGUGCACGGGCGCCACCUUCGCCGGGUCGACGCCGAGCCGCAGCCGCGCCCACGCGGCGAGCAUCGUCGCCAUGGACCCUCCCAGGGAGUGCCCGGUGAAGUGCAGCGUCGCGCUCAUCGGCGCGGCGGCGAUCAGCGGCGAGAUCUCCGGCCAGAACGCGUCCGUCAUCUCCGCGACGCCCGCGUGGCACACCGCGGGCACCCCCGGGUGCAGCGGCGUCGGCCACAUCUUCGCGAUCUGCGCGCUCAGGCGGAAGCGGUCCACGGCCUCGUUGUUCCACGCCGCGCCGCGGACGACGAACCAACGCUCCGUCGUCGUCGCGGCGGACGGCGAUUUCGAAUCAUCAUUCGCGUCGCCGUCGUCGCCGACGAGCUUGUCGCAAACGUACCAUCGCGUGCAGUCCGUGAUCCCGUGCGCGCGCAGCACGAACCCGUCGCUCGCGACCCACGGCUCGACGUCGCCCACCUUGUACACGUACGACGCGAGUCGAACCGCGGUGGACGUCGCGAGGAGUUCCGCGCGCGAUAUCUCCGUCGCGCUGGCGUUCGGAUCGGACGUCGGCGUCUCGGGCGAGGACGAGGACGAGGACGACGGCGCGUCGCUCGAGGACGGCGCGUCGCUCGAGGACGCCGCGGACGAGGACGCCGCGCGCGCGGCGACGCAUCGACCCGCGCCAACGCCGCCGCCGCGCGUCUCGCGAUGCCAGCGCGCGACGCCGACGCGCGCGGUCGACCGCGCGAGCGGCCGCGCGAACGCGAGCAUCGACGACGGCGCGAUCGGAGAACGGCGCUCAGAAGCCAACGAUCGGAUCGGACCGGAUCGACGGACGGACGGACGGCGCGCUUCCGACGCCGAAGCGGCCGCUCCUCCUACCCCGUCGCGCCGCCGCUUCCGCCGCGCGCGCGUGGUUCACGGGGGCGACGAGACGUCGCGAGAGCGCGCGCGGACGAGCGAGCGCCGACGCCGACGUGCCGCGCGCGCGUCUCGAGUGCCGAUGAGAUCGGUCAAUGCCACCUGGCACUCGACCGCGGUCGGCGACGCUGCGACCUGA